AUGUCUCUUUCGGAGAGAGACACGGACACUGCAGCCCGAGAAGGGUUGCCUAAGGUCCCCGUGCCCCCGCUGAAGCAAACCCUGGACACCUACCUAAAAUGCGUGCAGCACUUGGUGAAGGAGGAGCAGUUCCGCAAAACCAAGGCCAUUGUAGAGAAGUUCGGGGCACCCGGUGGCACCGGCGAAGUUCUGCAGAAGAAGCUCCUGGAGAGGCGGGACAAAAUGGAAAACUGGGUGUAUGACUACUGGCUGGAGGACAUGUACCUGAGCAACAGGUUGGCUCUGCCGGUGAACUCUAGUCCUGCCAUGGUGUUUCCCAAGCAGAAUUUUAAAGAUCAUAAAGAGGCCCUCAGAUAUGGAGCACGUCUCAUCAGAGGUGUGUUGGAGUACAAGGCCCUCAUUGAUGCGCAAGCGCUCCCAGUGGAGUUUGCCCGAGGCCAGCUGGCUGGGACCCCUCUGUGCAUGGAGCAGUAUUCCCGCCUGUUUACCUCAUACCGCUACCCGGGCCUGAAGACAGACACGCUUAAGGUCCACAUGAACGCAGCCUCUGAAACAUCGGCGCACAUCAUUGUGGCGUGUAAGAACCAGUUCUUCGCCUUGGAUGUUGUCACCAACAGUAAGCCGCUCAGCGAGACAGAGAUCUUAUCCCAAUUGGAGAAAAUUGUGUCGAUGGCAGGAAAUGUGGGCGAAAGAUGUCCUCCAUUUGGUAUCUUGACAUCUGACGACCGAACAGAAUGGGCACAAGCCAGAGAUAUUCUGACAAAAGAUCAAACUAACAAGGACGCCCUAGCCCUGAUAGAAACAUGCCUGUGUAUAUUAUGCCUGGAUGAGUCCAGUGGAACAAAGCCCACUGAUACUAACAGAGCUUUGCUUAUGCUCCAUGGUGGUGGAAGGGAAAAGAACGGCGCAAAUCGUUGGUAUGACAAGUCAAUGCAGUUUGUCGUAGGAAUGGAUGGAAUAUGUGGAGUGGUGUGCGAGCACUCCGCAUUCGAGGGUGUUGUACUGGUCCAAUGUUCCGAAUAUUUGACGAAGCACAUAGCUAGAACCGCAUUAGAGACCGUGAAGCCGUCCAGUAGUCGAAAGCUUCAACCCCCAAGAAGACUUGUAUGGAAAUACAAUGCACGAAUCCAGGGACUCUUUGUGGCAUCUGAGGAGCGACUCCAGAGGCUGGUGAAUAAUCUGGACAUGGAUGUUUUCACAUUCAAGGGUUAUGGAAAAGAAUUCAUCAAGAAGCAAAAAAUGAGUCCAGAUGCAUUUGUACAAGUAGCCCUUCAGCUUGCAUUUUUCAAGUGCACUGGAAAGCUGGUCUCAACAUAUGAGAGCGCAUCUAUCAGGCGUUUCCGGGAUGGACGGGUAGAUAACAUUCGUUCCGCCACUGUUGAAGCAUUGGCUUUUGUCCAGUCUAUGACGGAUGAGAGGAACGUUUACACGGAAACGGAAAAAAUGAAGCGACUGAGGAAUGCAAUAAAUGCCCAGACAAAUUAUACAAUUGCAGCUAUUACAGGAAUGGCAAUAGACAAUCAUCUUCUGGGACUACUCAAAAGUGCCAAGGAGCUCAACAUGGAGCGUCCAGAGAUCUUUUGCGAUGAAACCUAUGUCGCAAGUAACCAAUUCAUCCUGUCUACUAGUCAGGUGCCAACCACAGUAGAAAUGUUUUGUUGCUAUGGUCCAGUAGUGCGCAACGGCUAUGGCGCUUGCUACAACCCGCAGCCAGAUCACAUUGUCUUCUGCGUGUCCAGUUUCUGGGAAAGUACUCAGACAAGCUCGGCUGUUUUUGUCAAAGCGCUGAAUGAGGGCCUGCUGGAAAUCAGAGACUUGUGCGAGGCUUGCUGUGGCGGUGCUGCAGCCAAAAUUGCGGAUGGCCGGCAGGGGGGUAGCAAGCCUAACAGAGCAGGGACAUAG